GUCGGAAGUUUCAAGAUUGUGUCGAUCGCGAUGCGCGGCCAAAUGUUCGAUUUGGAAUGCCACACUUCCCAGAGGAGAAUCGUACGAGGCCGCGGCACGGCAUGAGCGCCCAGACGAGGCUUGGCAUUAAUCUUGGGCAGGUCGAAGAUGAGCUGCGUGCAGCCGAGGCCUAUCUCAUUACUCCAACUGCACUCGACAAGUCCGCAACCAACCUCACCAUGACCGAAGCACGUCGGAAAGAGAUUCUUGCCAAGCUCAAUGCCGAGCGAACAGCCAUGCGCCAGCGCAAGGCGGAUGGUCAACAAAUCGACGCAGUCGCCUCGUCAUCGUUCUUGAACUCGACGGCAUUUUUCCCACUCCCAUCACUCAGCGCCAAGCCAGAGUUUGACAGUCUCGAUAUCCACGACGCUGACGAUGCAUUUGAAUCAAAACGCUGCCAUCGCGAUGACGGCGAUGCACAUCGUGCCUUUGGUAGCGACGAUGAUGACAGCUUGACCUUCUUGAAGGAACUGCAGCACGCAGAUGGCGACGAUACCCUCUUUUUUGCAUCAGACAUCCAUCAACUGCCGCCUCCGCCGUCGACAGAGCAUGCUCACUUGUCGUUCGACCGCUGUUCCAUCUUGAGCGAGAGCUCCAGCCAGCAGCACGUGGACUCUUUCCCGCUCUCGACCCCAAGUCUUGCUUCCAACGCAGAGCGGUCUGCUACCGCCCCAGCACAUCCUUCACGGCCACCAAAGAAAAGCGUGCGAUAUGACGGAGACCUUGAAUCGACAGAUCGACCUGUAUCAGCUCGACAACCCGAAACAUCUAUAAUCUCGCCGAGUUCCGCCGAGACUACGUCGACCCAAGCCAAGGCACCGACAAAAAGACCGUCAUCUCGAAAGUUGCGAGCAGAGGUCACCAAUCCGUCGCCGACUAACCCAUUCAUCCUACGUUUGUCCGAGCCUGUCGCGUCGGCAUCACAUGUGCGACAUGCGCUAUCAAGGACGUCGGCCGCUCAACAGAAGAAGCGUAUGGAACAACUAGCUCAAUCCGUCGAUUACACGGUGCGCGAAAAGGCCAAAGUUGCCCAAGACAUGGCAGCGUUUACCACCUCCUGCUCGUUUCUGCCAAAUUCGAGAGGUCCUUUGCCACGAGGACACCCAACGCUAAGGACGCCCGAAAAAGCAACAAAAAGCGCUAAGACGGCCAAGCCACCGCCAUCUUGGAGUCCCCACAAGAAAGCCAAACUCGACGAACUCACGGAACGGUUGCAUGGGGAAGGGUCGCUGCGAUUCGAACUUCGGGAAAAGGUCAAGCAAGUUCUGGAUGACCAGCACAUGCGCGCGACGUGUACAUUCAAGCCCCAAAUCAAUCGAAAUCGGUCUGCGGUCGGCGCAACCACCGCCCAAAAACCCAUUCACACUCGACUUCCCGAGCUCCACCGCCACAAAAAAGAAAUGCUGCGGCAGCUCGAACACGCCAUCGAAGCCGAGACCCAACUCACCUUUACACCCACGAUCAACCCGCACAGCCAAAAACUCGCCCACGACUUGUCCAAGAUCGAUGUGACCGCUCGUCUCGUCCAAGAUGCGGAAGAGAGCGCCGAGAAGAAGCUUCAAAUACAAGCGUAUUAUGCUGCAUUGGACGAGCCAGCGUUCACCCCUUGUGUGAACGACCGCAGCCAGGCCAUCGUGGAACGUAAGCCCGAGUUCAAGCUGGACUUUGUCACAAGGCAGCAGUUGCUCCAAGCGCAACUGGAGCAGAAAUUCGAGGCAAAGCUGGCCCUCGAGGAGAGAGUGCAAGCUGAGGAAAAACCAUUUCAGCCGUGUAUUGGAAACUCGAACCAAGUGCUGCAAUUCACUCGGCCCAAGCGUUUGGUCGAGUCCAAACAGGCUCAGCUGUAUCGCAUGACGUACGAGGAGCCGCGGCAACGAGAGCUGGCAAAGAAGCGCCUCGAGGAUGAAAAGUACGAGAAAUUCAGCCACAAGCCAGUGUUGAACAAAGUGUCGAAAGCCCUCGGCCAACCCACGUCGAUCCACAAGCUUGCUCAAGUUUGGGCAGCGCAACGUCCAACUGUGAGUCUCAUUCGUGUGUGAAUAGAAACCAUCGACAAAAACCAUUCGAUCCCGCGUGGUGCGGGACAUGGAUGCCCAGGAGCAAGCGGAGUGCAGGUUCCGCCCGGCACUCGUGGCCGCCGACCCUGACCUCGAUCGCACGAGCGUGUGGAAUCCAGAGACGUGCUUACAGCAAAUCGAGCAAGCACGAAUCAUGCGACGUCAAAAGCUCGAAGACCAGCGGAACUCGUUGGAGUUUCAAGAGCUACAAGCGUGCACGUUUGCCCCCGCCAUCAAUCGACCGACGCCAAGACCGUCGAGGGCACCCGUGGUAGUCCGGGGCCUCGGUCGGUUCUUGGAACUGAAACAACUCGCCAAGCGACAAGAAGCGGAGCUAAAGUACGUCGUGUCAGCAUGUCGUGGCACUUCCUCCUUAUGGUCCAUUCCAGAGAGCGCGAAGCCAAAGCUUUCACCAACACACGGGACUUCACUCCUCGGGCGUAUACCGUGCCCCAACCAUUCAAUCUGUCGUACGAUCAGCGUCGCCGCGCUCGCCAAGAGCAGGUGAAGGCCGAAAGGGACGCCAAGGAGCUGAGCGAGUGCACUUUCCAGCCACAAACGAUGGAGCAGAAGAAUCGUCGGCUCAUUCAGAGCCUCUUGCAAUGACCUAACGAAUAAAACACACGACAUCAAGGCGGGUGCAUCAUGCUGUGUGGCUCGUGCCGCCUUUCCGUAAC